GUGGCUGCCACCUUAGAGAAAGACCUCGAGGAAGAGCGCAGGGAACGCAAGGAGCAGGUGGGCUUUCUGAACCGGAUCUGCCUGAAGGAGCGGGAGCUUCUCAUAGGUCGGGCAGAAGCCUUCCAGAGGCAACUUGCCGAGGCUCAGGAGCUCUGGGAGAAGGAAAGAGUCCUCUUCCAGGAUCGUCUCGCCGCUUCCGAAGCCGUGGCUGGAGCUCAACCCGAGCUCCGGACACUGAGGCUCGAGCUCGAAGGCUCCAAGAAGGAGUCAGCUCUCCUGCGAGCCGAGAUGAAGGAACUGAAGGAGGAGCUGCGGGUCUGCCAAGCCCAGCGCGACACGGCGGUCUCGUCCUUUCAGGAGGUCCAGGCGAGGCAGUUCUCACGCGAGGCGGAGGCCACCAAUCGUCUGCGGAGCGAGUAUGCCGAGCAGCGGCAGGUGUUUCUUGAAGAAGCAUCCGUUGAAGUGGCUGCGCUGCGGCAGCAACUCCAGACUCUGAAGCAGGAGAAGGAGCAAGCUGCAGCAGAACUUCAGAAAGCGCGCCAAAGUGAGGAGGAGCUGGCAGCCACGCUGAGGCAGGAGAGCGAGGAGGAGAACCAGAGUGCGCUGAUGAGGGCCAUUUGGCAACUGCAGGUGGCGGACGACUGCGUGGUGUCCUUGCAGGGCCGCUUGCAGGAG